AUGGAUAACGACAUAGAUAUGAAAAUGGGUGAUUUGGCAGCCAUCCAGAAGAUCCUUCACACUUCACCAGAACCAUCAUUAUUUAAUAUGCACAUACCCAACAUUUACGAAUUCGGCGGCACUGACAAGGAAGACUUUACCAUCUUCAUUUUGGAAAUCGAGCUCUUUUUCAUUGGGUUGGCGGUUCCUGAUGCUACGAGAUAUACCAUUUUGAGGAUGAUGCUAAAAGGUGACGCCAAGGAUUUCCUGGAACGAUGGGAGGAAGGACAGCAGCAAAACACUGUUAUAAAAAGAAGCGACCAUCAUCAUUUAUCAUCAACUCGCAACGCAUCCCCUGAACGCCACCAUUAUCAGGCUGCUAUUAGUGCACUGGAAGAGAAGUAUGUCAAACCAUCUGCACUCGAGUAUUAUGAAUGGCUGAAGGAACAACUACAUCAGCAUUCUAUUUGCAUGAAUUGGGAGAAGAAUGGAUACAAUACUCAAAGUAUUACUACCAUCAAGCAACCAGUGACAUUAUGA